AUGGCCCCGAAGGAUCGACUCACCACCAAGUCUCAGAAAUUGCAGAAAGCCCAGAAGAUAGAGAUCGAAGAGCGGCAAAAGCAGCUAGAUGCACUUCGAACUACGCAAAGUGCGCUUGAACAUGAGAAGCAGGGUUUAGAAACUAAGUAUAAGAAGAUAACCGAUGACUGCUCGCGCGCAUGGAAUCGUCAAUUUGCUGCACGCUUCUUGGAGUUAGUCACUGCUCGGGAGCUGCGAGAUGAAGUCUACCUCUACCUUAUUGGCGACUCUCCGAGUGCCACCAUCUAUCCGAUUGAGGUCCCUCUGCCGGCAAACACAAUGAACGAUCACUUCUUUCACCUUCAACCCAUCGACCGUCGCGGACGGAGUCAACGCCGUGGUAACGACGAUGAAAUCGCACACUACUUUCGAGAUAAGUUCGUGGGUGAGGAGUUCGCCGUGGAAAUUGCCCAGCUCUUCCACCGUCAUGCCAUCUAUAAGGUGGGACAUGUCAAGGACGUGGCCCAAUUUUUGAGAGAUGGUCCUCUGAUGGUUCAUCCAUCCUGUCAACCCGAACAUUACAUCCGAACGCUCAAAGUAAUUGUGUCUAUGGACAUCGCCUGUUCCAACGAAGGGAUCUGGUACAGCAAGGAAGAAGACAACUGGAAAAAGGAAAACUACGAGAGUCAGCUGAGCUGGCUCACUACUCUCAAGGAGCUUGAUCAGGUGUCAAAAUUUACACUCAAGCUCAAGGUGAAAGUCCUAGACUCGUCGACGAUUAGCAAAUACAAAGCAGUGCUGCUUCCGCACAUCCAAGAGCUUGUGGAAAAGGGUUGCAAGGUGACCGUACGGUACAUCAGCGCGAACAUGUACCAAUACCCAACUGAGCGGGAAAAAAUCAUUUAUGACAGUACCAUGCUUCUCUCCACGCGUCAAAUGAAGAGCUUGGUUACUGAUGCGUUUAAUAACGACAACUGA